AUGUCAGCCAGAAAGGGCUAUCUGCUGCCUUCGCCAAAUUAUCCCACAACAAUGUCAUGCUCGGAGAGCCCCGCCGCGAACUCCUUUCUGGUCGAAUCGCUUAUCAGCUCCGGCAGAGGCGAGGCUGGCGGCGGCGGCGGCGGCGCGGGGGGCGGCGCGGGGGGCGGCGGCGGCAGCUACUAUGCGCACGGCGGGGUCUACCUGCCGCCGGCCGCCGACCUGCCCUACGGGCUGCAGAGCUGCGGGCUCUUCCCCGCGCUGGGCGGCAAGCGCAACGAGGCGGCCGCAUCGCCGGGCGGCGGCGGCGGCGGCGGGGGCGGCGGGGGCCUGGGGCCCGGGGCGCAGGGCUAUGCGCCCGCGCCCCUAGACCUGUGGCUGGACGCGCCCCGAUCGUGCCGCAUGGAGCCGCCGGACGGGCCGCCGCCGCCCCCGCCGCCGCCGCCGCAGCGCCCGCCCGCAGCCACCGCGUGCGCCUUCGCGCAGAACAUCAAGGAGGAGAGCUCGUACUGCCUCUACGACUCGACGGACAAGUGCCCCAAAGCCUCGGCCGGCGCCGACCUGGCCCCCUUCCCGCGGGGCCCGCCGCCCGACGGCUGCGCCCUGGGCAGCUCCGGCGGGGUCCCGGUGCCCGGCUACUUUCGCCUCUCGCAGGCCUACGGCACGGCCAAGGGCUACGGCGGCGGCGGCGGCGGCGGCGCGCAGCCGCUCGGCGCCGGCCCGUUCCCCGCGCAGCCCCCGGGACGCGGCUUCGACCCGCAGCCCGCGCUCGCCUCCGGCUCGGCCGAGGACGCCCGCAAGGAGCGAGCCCUCGACUCGCCGCCGCCCCCCACGCUGCCCUGCGCCGGUGGCAGCGGCGGCUCGCAGGGAGACGAGGAGGCGCACGCGUCGUCCUCGGCGGCCGAGGAGCUCUCCCCGGCCCCGUCCGAGAGCAGCAAAGCCUCGCCCGAUAAGGACUCCCUGGGCAAUUCUAAAGGCGAAAACGCUGCCAACUGGCUCACGGCAAAGAGCGGCCGGAAGAAGCGCUGCCCCUAUACCAAGCACCAGACACUGGAGCUGGAGAAGGAAUUUCUGUUCAACAUGUACCUUACUCGCGAGCGGCGCCUAGAGAUCAGCCGCAGCGUCCACCUCACGGACAGACAAGUUAAAAUCUGGUUUCAGAAUCGGAGGAUGAAACUGAAGAAAAUGAACCGGGAGAAUAGGAUCCGGGAGCUUACAGCCAACUUUAAUUUUCCUGAUGAAGCUCCAGGAACUCCACCUGUGCCCGAGCGUCCCUCCUUCCACAUUCGCCAUCUCGCUGGCCAUUACAUCUGUGCAGGGCUGGACGCCCUCCGCGGGGCCACGCGUUUCCUGCACGCGGGGGGGGGGUGCCGGCAAGGGGAGGGGGCGCGGGAGCGCGCGCCCCGGCGGGCUGACCGGGAGCCCAGUUCGGGGCGCUUCCUGAGCUCCCGCAGCAGCUCCCGGGCCGCGGCAGCUCGGAGCCGGCUCUCCGCGCUGCGGGACGCGGGGAAGGCAGCGUGCGCCGAGUUCCUCUCGCUGGUGCCCCGCUGUUUACCUUGCCGGGGCCGGGGCUUUGCCCGCCGGGAUGCCCUAACGGAAUGGCAGGCGGGGUCGCGGAGUGGCGCGGGGCCGGGGCCGGGGCCGGGGCCGGGCGCGGCGCGGUCUGCUCCGGGGUUUUGCUCCGCGGCGUCGGCGAAGGUGGCGGCGCAGUGGCGGCGGCGGCAAGCGGCGGCGGCGGCGGCGGUUGAAAUCGUCUGCAGGUACGGUCAGGUUAGCUGCGCCCAAGCGGACCAGGGGGGCGUGGUAGGAAUUCUGGGCCCCGGGCCAUUCAAGGCCCAGCCUGGCGAGCUGAGUCGCAGCUCAGACAAGGCCUCGGUUACGAUCACGACCAGGUGGCGGUGGCCUUUCGUGCUGGGUCGACCAGGUGGCGGUGGCCUUUCGCCUGUGAAAGGGGAGAUGCAGUCCUGCUCUCAUUCUGACAUUGGGGUUCUCCGCAACUCCACUGCUGAGGAUAAAGGCCCAAAAGACCUGGAAACCCCGAGACUGCCGCCCGCUCGCCCCGCACUGCCAGGCCCUGGCCUUGAGCCGCUGCUGCCGGAUCUGGGCCCUCCUGGUCUCCGCGGAGUGGUCGGACAGAGACGGGGGGGGGGGGCCGCGCUGGGACCCCACGACGUGUCGGGCAAAGGCAGGCGGGCGGCCAGGAGCCCCGAAGAACUCUCAACUGGGCCCGAUGGCGCCGAGCUGCUGUCGCUCUGGUGCAGGGCCUUCCCGCCGCUAGCAUCCCAGGGCCUCCGGGGCUCGCGGGACAGUGAACUCAGCGUCCAGAUAGACCCGGGCUUCCUUGGUGCCUAG